AUGUCGACUGUAAACUCCACACUGUCUGAGAAACAAAGUGUUCAUGGCUUAAUACCUUCUCCAGCCUUGUCCAUUAUUUUAAUUUGUAACUAUCUGGUCAUCGGGCUCUUCGUGUCUGCCCUCGGAACGCUCGGAAACCUGGUCAACAUCGUGGUCUUUACAAAAGAAGGUUAUCAGGACAGCGUGAACAUAACUUUAAGCGCACUUGCUAUGAGCGACAUUGGGGCGCUCCUCCUGCAUAUGGCGGUCAGUGUUCUGAAUAGCCCGAUCUGGAACGACGUGGACAUCCCGUUCUUAUCAGCGGCGACGCUCUGCACCCAGUUUUUCUAUCCCCGGCAAUAUUUCAUUCGAGUCAGCGGCGUCAUCACAGCCUUUGCCGCUUGUGAGAAAUGCCUCUGCGUUGUGUUCCCCAUGCGCGUUAGGCAGAUCAUCACGAGAAACUUCGCGAUUGGGGCAAACUGUUUCAUUUGCAUAAUUCUGCUCCUGUAUUUCUACCCCCCAUACUACUCCGCCUACCUCGACUGGGGCUUGGACGUCAAGCAAAACAAAACUAAGAUUACGGUGUACUAUCGAAGCAAUGCCGAAAAGGUGCUGCGGAUUGCAUACCUUGUCUCCGACCUGUCCGUCCCGUACAUCACAUUUUGUAUUCUGAUUCUGUGCAACGCUGUCAUAGUCGUCAAGCUGAAGUCCAAAUCCAAGUGGAGACAGUCUGUGGCGGUAAGAAACUCUAAUCUCGACACCAAGAGCGCUGAGACAUCAGCCAAGGAGAAGAAGCUUGCUCUAAUGCUGGCGACGGUGUCGACACUCUUCGUCGUCUGUCUCCUGCCACAAUCCAUCUUGCUGACGUGUGUUAGCCUAGUGCGUGAACUGAAUCUGAAUGGUGCCUACAACGACGUCACAGUGUUAAUUUCUUCCUUCACGUUAUUACUCGAGAACAUCAACUGUAGUAUCAAUAUCCUGGUCUAUUAUUGUAUGAGCACCAAAUAUAGGAAAACUUUCCAAGCCUGUUUUCUUGAUGCUAUAAAACCAAACAAUGAAAUUGUCACAAGAACAAAAGCUGUGCCGUAG